UGCAUCCCUCCCUCCUCUUCUUCGUCCCCAAAUAAUUAGGGCUCCAAACAAACACGGAGCUCAUCUCUCUAAUGGCGACGCUCCCGCACGUGUACUCCGCUCCAUUCGCACGUGCCAUACGCUUCCGCCUUNCCCCUCCAUCACGUGCCUUGCACGCGGAGUCCCGCGUGCUUCUCGGCAUGUCGGAGUCCGAGCUCCAGCAGCUCGCCAUCGACUUGGGACAACAAAAGUACAGAGGUCGGCAGCUACACGAUCUUCUGUACAAGACCAAGGCGAAAGAAUAUCAAGACUUUAAAAACUUGCCUCAGGCAUUUCGAGAUAAUCUCAAGGAAGCUGGGUGGAGGGUUGGGAGAUCGGCCAUCCAUCGAUCUGUUACUGCAGCUGAUGGCACUGUCAAGAUACUUAUAAAGUUAGAGGAUAAUAGAUUGGUUGAAACUGUGGGAAUACCUGUUGAAGAUGAUAAAGGUUCCUUCCGACUCACUGCUUGUGUAUCAUCUCAGGUAGGCUGCCCCUUGCGUUGUUCAUUUUGUGCUACGGGCAAGGGAGGAUUUGCGAGGAACCUCAAGCGGCACGAAAUUGUUGAACAGGUACUUGCUAUUGAGGAGCUCUUCAAACACAGGGUGACGAAUGUUGUUUUUAUGGGAAUGGGUGAACCAAUGUUGAAUUUAAAAUCAGUUUUGGGAGCACAUAAAUGCUUGAAUAAGGACGUCCAAAUUGGCCAAAGGAUGAUGACAAUAUCCACAGUGGGCGUGCCCAACACUAUGAAGAUGUUGGCAUCACACAAGCUCCAAUCAACCUUGGCUGUCAGCUUGCAUGCGCCUAACCAGAAACUCAGAGAGUCAAUUGUUCCAAGUGCAAAAUCCUAUCCUUUGGAGGCACUCAUAGAGGACUGCCAGGACUAUUUUCUUGAAACCGGACGAAGAGUUACUUUUGAGUAUACCCUUUUAGCUGGGAUUAAUGAUGGAAAGGAGCAAGCUCUGGAGCUUGCAGAAUUGCUUCAUGGCUGUGGCCGUGGUUAUCAUGUGAAUCUGAUACCAUAUAAUCCUGUAGAAGGAUCUGAAUACCGAAGACCUUACAAGAAAGCAGUGCUGGCUUUUGCGGAAUCUCUAGAAUCUCGGAGGAUAACUGUCUCAGUGCGACAGACACGUGGGCUUGACGCCAGCGCAGCCUGUGGACAACUCAGAAAUGACUUUCAGAAAACUCCUCUGAAGGAAUCAUCAACGUCCGAAUCUCAACCGAUCCCAGCUUGACAUAAUUUCCUGCGGGGAAUUUUCUGAACUCUAUCCGGCAUGAUCUCAAUGAAAGGCGAAAGUUCUGUCAAUAUGUAGCAGUGCUCUUGGUAUUAGCUUGCAUAACACAGUGCUUGGCACUCCAAGAGCUUACUCUGAUCAGAAAGAUUGAACGAAACUCUUGAGGCACUCCAAGAGCUUGAUUUGUUGUUAUACAGCAUCCUGUGGCGUCAUUCAAGCACCAGUCUCCAAAUUUUGCAUGCGCAUAAAGAAUUUGCUGCACAAAGCUCAGAGGGGUUUUGUUUGAAUUUCUUUCCUGUGUAAAUGUAUUUCAUCAGCGUAUUCAUUUUUGUACAACAUAUACUUAUCUUGGUUUUUAA